CUCUGGAGGAUCUUGCUGCUCUCCUAGGAUGAAGAUGAUGAUGGGUUGUUUGCUUUGGUUGAUGGUGAUACUGGAGAUGCUACUCAGGGUGGUGGAUCCCACAAGGAUGUGACCAGCGAACCUGAUAAAGCAGAAAAGCAAGAUCUGCAAGAUAAAUUUGAAGGGAAAAAUUUCCAUGUCUGCUGGAAAGACAUUUGAUGUUGAUGAUAGCCUACAGAAGCAAGCCAAGAAAUGUGUCAUUGGACGCGGUGGCAGCGUCUCCCACAUCCGCGUCAACCUCGUCACGACACAGUUCCAGCCAGCCUCAGCAGCCUUGGCUGUGUCAGAUGUAGCGUUGCAGAGGGUCGAGUCCGAUCUGACACUCUCUGAUGACGAGGCACGGGCCGAUGAGGGCUGCAGCGGCAGUGGACGAAGACGACCCAACUGAGACCGAGAUCCAAGCUCUCGAGGCCAAGCUGGCCAUGCUGAAGGAAGAGGAAGCACGCCAAGUCCGCGCCCAAAGUCUCCAGGACGUUGUCAGCAAGAUCAAGAAGCCAGCCUCGCCGAACAAGUCCAAGUUCCUCGAUACCACGGGCCUGGUGGCGGCGCGCGUGGUGCGCGACGUGCCGUCCUCCUCGGCGGAGGCCGGCGCGCGCGAGGAGCGUCUGCGCGCCAUGCUGCGCCGGCCCCAGAGCCACGUGCACGGCGGCGACACCGACUCCAGCGAGGACGAGGACAACCGCACGCCGUUCGAGACCAAGUACAACGACUUCGGGCGCCAGGUGAAGCGUCUGGCGCACGGCGCCGCCUCCAGCUCGGCGCGCGACCGCCUCCAGGAGCGCGCCGAGCACGUGAACCGGGCCACCAAGCGCGAGAUGCGGCCGAAGGUGGCGGCCCGCCGCGCCGAUGGCGGCCGGCCGGCGGCGCCCGAGCAGCCGCACGAGGAAGUCAUGCUGGAUUCGUUCGCCCGCAUGAGCGUGAUCAACCCACGGCUCUCGCAGGCCGAGCUGCGCGACUGCAUGCAGGACAAGCAGCUGAUCCGGAUCAGCCAGCUGGGGAGUCACGUCCGUGGGGAGGGUAUACCCGGCGACUGGGUCACCAUCGGCGUCAUCGCGCGCAAGUCCGAGCCGCGCACCUCACAGAAGGGCUCGACCUACUCCUCCUGGACGCUGACCGACCUCAUCGACUGCCAGAAGCCGGCCAAGGUGAUGCUGUUCGGGGACGCCCACGGCGGCCUCUGGAAGACCUCCGUCGGCACCGUGGUCGCGCUGGCCGGCUGCAAGGUCAUGAAGGAGAAAGAAAUGGACGGAUCAGGGAUAACUCUGUCCGUGAACUCCGCCAAACACUGCAUAAUGCUUGGCACUUCACCCGAUCUGGAUUUCUGCAAGGCCAAGUGUAAGAACGGCCGGAUCUGCCUGAGCUUCAUCAACAAGCGCCACUGUCCCGUCUGCGUGUUCCACAUGAACGCCGAGUAUAAGAAGACGGGCGCCAAGCGGGGCGAGCUGCAGGGUAUGUCGAGUGUGGCGCCGCGCCGGUGCGAGGAGAGCCUGACAGCGAAGAAGAAGCAGUUGAGCUCGCUGGGUCUGAAGCACAUCUCUCAGGCGGAGGCCAAGGCCAUCGCGACCGUGGCUGAGGACAGCGUGGAGAUAGGUGAGAUGCUGCUGAAGCCUUGCGCCGGCGCGCGCAACCUGCUGAAGCACCUCACGGCCGAUGCGUCGGCUGUGGAGCUGGACGACGGCCGGCCCGGCGCGACCGCCGCCGCGCUCAACAAGGCCAGGGCCGUGGCCCUGCUCCGACAGUCGGGCGGCGUGAAGAAGGCGAACCCGAACGCUGUCCGCGCCCGAGCCAGCGGGCAGAGCCGGCAGGCCGUGCUGGAGCGCGUGGCGCGCCGGGUCGACGAGAACACUCCGGCGGACGCGACCGAGGUGCCCGCCCCGCCGGCGAAGCGGCCGCGGCUGGUGGACGAGCCGCGCUUCCGGGCCGUGCUCGAGGCGCGCUCGUCGCACGCGGCCGCGCUCGAAGCCGAGCUCUCCGAGGGCCAGGAGCAUUACUUCCAGGCGCUCGAGAAGAAGGAGCUGAUCGAGAAUAAGAUGCUUAGCACGUGGGAGGUGAAGACCAAGGCCGUCUACUGUCGGAAGUGCAAGUACCGGGCGCUGUCCGCAUCCGACCUGUGCAAGUCUGAGGGCCACGGCACGGUGCUCGUGGACGCCGUCAAGCGGUUCUUCAGCUGCAAGAACUGCAAGAGCCGCACCAUCAGCCUGGACAAGCUGCCUCAGCUGCCCUGCAAGAACUGCGGCCAGGAGAUAUGGGUCAAGGCGCCCAUGGGCAAGGAGCGGAGCGGGCCGAAGCUGGACAGCGAGAUCCUCUCCAUCCGCGGCAACGAGGCGGCCUUCAUGCACAGCCACGUGCCGGAGCGCAACAUCAACCUGGAGUUCUGAGACGGCCGCCGCUCGGGUACACAGUGUAUUCACCCACGCCACGUACCGACAUCAUCCAUGCUACAAAUGGAGGGCCCGGCACACGCGCCGACGGUGUGAUAAUGUGGUGUGUCCGCGCCCCUGUCCCCCGGCGUCGCCGCCACGGCCGGCGGCGCCACACCCUGAUAUGGGCCUUGUUACGGGACGCGUCGCCCUGCGGUCCGGGCAUUUUAUUGUACAGGCCGCCGGUGUCUGUCGCAACGCCAAUAAACGGGAAGGACGGACGCCCGGCGUCUCGCGGGCUUCGAAAGCCUCUGGAACGGGUAGCGGCUGUGAGAUGCACAUACUGAAGCGAAACUGCAGACACCGGAGACGGUCACUCCCCGUGCGUGACGUCCGUCGAGCUGCACCGCGGCCGCUGGACGGCAAGACAGCUGAUCGCGGGCGGUGGUUUCCAAAAGCCCCGAAAGCUCCCGUACAGAACAGAAAACCCUCGCCCAGUCGAGUAUGCGAGACGGUGUCACAGGGCACGUGGUCUCCGCAGCACGACAUGCUGAGGAGUUGGAUCGGCAGGUAACCCCCGGCUCUCGCAAAAGCAUGUCCCAGCGCGCGGGAAAGGCGCGACACCUAGCCAGCCCUGGAUGGAAUGUCUUAAUCGGUGCCGACCCUCGCUUCCUCCACACGGUCGUCCAUCGCGCGAAUUCAAAACCGCACUCAGGCCGAACCAAAGCUCCCAGCGGUCGACCCACCGCGCUGCUCCCAAAGCGUCCCAAGUCACACGCAGGACACGAAAACAAGUGGCUUCGUCGUGAACAACACUAACAAAACAGUAUCACCAGCGCCGGGACCGCCGGGCCUGCGCACUGCCGCUCGCCGCACCAGGGAGCCACGGGCCUCGCAGGGGGACCGUCAGCCGCGGGGGCCGCCGGACUGGCAGCGCGACGACCCCUCCUCACAGCACGCCGCGCUCUGGAUCCGGGGGCGCUCCGGCAGGCGACGCUCCGGGGCGCAGCUCCGGCGGC